AUGACGAGUGUUCGCCAAAACCUCUACGACGAGAUCAUUCCUUACCUCUUUGCUCAAGGGGAGGAGGGUAUUGCCCGUGAUUGGCGUCGGCUAUUUCUUUCUCACCACGACUUCCCAACAACCGAAAGCUCUCGGCCGUUCUUACAAUUUUUGGCCGGCUUUCAUCCGAAGAUCCAGUUGACCGACAAAGAACAGUCCUUCCUUACACCAAGUAAACCUGUACUUCCGAGCAGUGCAACUGCAGAGCUGAACGACCUUGUGGGGGACAACUCGGAAGUUGAUGUCAGCUUCGACUACCAAAUCUCUAAAAGUUUGGGCAAUGUGUUCGGCAUCAGGGAACAAACGGAUAACGACAGCUUGGGCGCUAGAUGGUUUGCGACCAUCGACUUCUCCGUCGAAACCAUCAUUGGCACAGUCUCGACUCUCGGUUUCUCUGAAAUUGGGCCACUCUCGUUACAGGCCAUUGCCCGGCGCGAACCAUCUCCUGACCGACUCCUCCACCACGUUGCACACCUGCAAAAGUCUGGAAUUGGAACUGGUAACUCAACCUAUUCGGAGACACUACAACACCUUGCUACAGUUGGCGACGAGGAACUGUUCGAGGGUCUUGUUUAUACAACCAUGCAUCCGCAAGAGUUCGACAACUUUCCCAAGCACCCCUCAUUUCUGCGUUGUGCCGCUGCGGAGGGAGACUUCAUGCUCUGUCGACUUCUUUUGGAAGCCAGUCAUCUCAAAACAACACAACUUCUAGAAGAGUUGACGAACGAGGCGUUGUUGGUCUGUUUGAAAGCCAACAAGGCUUCAGCUAUGACCGGCUUCUUCAAAAUUAUGGCCGAUGCAAAUAUCAAAGUGUUGCACUCUACAGCCGAUGCUAUCUCAAAACAUAUAUCCGAAGAGAUAGCACCAUGGCCUGGGAAAGAUCGGCCUGGGAAAGAUCGGCCUGGGAAAAAUCGGCCUGGGAAAAAUCAGCCUGAGAAAAAUCAGCCUGAGAAAAAUCAGCCUGGGAAAGAUCGCGUCAACAUUUCCUCCUAUGCCAACAUGCAUAGACAGCUUUUACGACUCGGAUAUCCUCUGACAGUCAAAGCUACUCAGAUCAUUCUGUUCAGGCUCGGACGUGAAGGACUGCAUGACGAGCGCGAUGAUCUCGCAUUUGACAUUGUGGACUUCUAUGAGGGUACUCUGGGACCAGAGAAAGGCUCUUUCCGGGUUCAUAAGCUCGAUCUGCCCGACGCAGUCGCUCAGCAACUGCCGAAGUCAGAAACCUUUAUGCAGCUUCCAUCCAAACUGAGCACAACGAGCCCCCACCAUCCACUGCACAUGGUGUUUAGUAGCGAGCUCUUGGGAUCAAUCAUCCGCUGGGGGUUUCGCAGCUCCAGGGGAUUGCCUUGGAAUGGGACAGAGUUCUCGAAGCCAGCAGAUUUCUUCUUUGCCCGAGGCAUCAAACUCGUCGCAAUGCUCAAGGAGAGGGGUGUGAGAGCUGAUGACUCUUUUGUGCGCUCGGUAAUCGUCCCGGCUCUCACUGUGCUCUUGCUUUCUGGCGAGAUCAAGCGCUUCCACCGGCCUCAAAAAGACAGUCAUCACUACGUCCCCCCAAAAGUGAGGGAGACGCUUUCGCUCAAAGAAGCCAUCAGGUUAUGCAAUCUUGCCUAUGGCUCCUACGUCAUAGAACGUCUGCCCGAGUUGAUUCACCACUCAAUGAAGGAGUGGAAGCUUAAGUUCAGACAGACCCAGCCAGAGCUCUUCAUACCUCACAACCGCGAGUAUGCGGUGGGGAGCAUGCUGUGGGUGAAGUAUGGCCCAGGUGGAAGGCCACCGUUCGCCACAAAACUAAAACAUCUAAAUCGACAGGAACAAGAGGAAGCAGAGCCCGGUCACGAUCCAGCCUCGCAAGGCUCAAACGACAGGGAAGGCUCAAAGGUCAAGACUGAAGACGACUUCUUCCAGGACUUUGAGGGAUUCGAUCGUUUCCUCAAGUAA